UGAUUCCAACUCCCCCGAAUUUGAGUUUUGGAUGGUUAGAAAUCCUUCUUUUCCUCAGCCUAAUCUCCUCUCCGCCGAUGAGCUCUUCUCCGACGGCGUCCUCCUCCCCCUCCACCACCUCCUCCACGUCUCCAAUGAGCUUCCGCCGCCGCCGCCGCAAGACUCCCAAGCACCCGGGUCGGACCAAGUUACGGAGCCCGAAUCUAUAAGCGUUGAAUUCGGGUAUCAGGCAGCCAGUUCCACCGCGUUGUCUACUUCGAAGCGUUGGAGGUAUAUUUUCAAGAAAAGUGAUAAGAAAGUCUUAGAAUCAUCCGUCAGCGCUAGUGCAGAUGAUCAUACUACUUCCAAGGAGAAGGAUAUUACUAGAGUUAAAGACAAGAAGCGAGAUCAGAAGAAGAAUGGUGGAGGCGCCGCUACGAGUAAUUUGGUGAGUGCGGCGGAGCUCAACAUAAAUAUAUGGCCUUUCUCGAGGAGUAGAUCCGCCGGGAAUGGCGGAACUCGGCCGAGAUGGGCCGCGGCCACUCGGAAAGCUAGUAGUGCGCCAUGCUCCCGGAGUAACUCCACUGGCGAGUCAAAGUCUAGGAAGUGGCCUAACAGCCCAAGCAGAGCAGGAGUUCACUUGGGAAGAAGCAGUCCAGUUUGGCAGGUCCGCCGAGGAAACGGCGGCGUUGGGCGGAGCCCAGAGACCGUUGCAAGAAAUUCUGAAAAGGGUGCCAGAAAAGAAUCUGGAACUGAGGGUCGCAGGAAAACACCGGCAGCCUCGUCCGGAGGCGGAGGUCCAAAAGCUAGGGUGUUAAGUUUGAAUGUUCCUAUGUGUAUUGGCUACCGGCAUAAUAUGAGCUGUAGGAAUGAUGAGAACAGUGCAUUCGCGGCUGACGGCGGCAGAGGCGCCACCGGGGAAGGGGUACGUAAAAGUAAUUUAUUUAACAUCAGGAGCCUAUUUACCAAGAAAGCUUAUUAAUCAGUAUUUAGGUUGCUAAUUACCAGCAGGAAACUUUUGUUAUUUAGUUGAAAUUAUUAAUUAAAAAAACCGUACGAUGUAAUUAAUUAGGUACAUGUAGAAACUUUCCGACACGACGAGCUAAUGCUUUGUUGUAGUUUCUUUGAUACUUCCAUUUUUGCAUCUUCAAUUA